AUGUCAUCUGCCUCUACUGAAACCGAACCAGUUGCCAUUGUUGGCAUUGCCUGUCGUUUCCCUGGAGCAUCGUCAGUCUUGGAACUCGGAGAUCUCUUGAGUGACCCUCCAGACCUUUCCCGAGAAAUUCCAAAGGAACGUUUCAGUAUUGAUGGCUUCUAUAACCUGAAUCCGCAGGCACAUGGAAACACCAAUGUCCGAAAAUCAUAUUUCCUUCGGGAAAAUGUACGCAAUUUCGACAAUGGCUUCUUCAACAUCACGGCAAUGGAAGCCUUGGCCAUGGACCCUCAGCAGCGUCUCUUGCUUGAGACAACGUAUGAAGCGUUAGAGAAUGCGAACAUUCCUGUUGGCCAAUUGAAAGGCUCCGACACCGCUGUUUAUGUCGGCUUGAUGUGUGGAGACUACGAGAAUAGGUUAAUGGGUGAUAUCGACAGCGCUCCCAGGUAUCAGGCUACCGGCGUGGGUCGUAGCAUAAUGGCUAACAGGAUAUCUUACACAUGGGACCUGCGCGGUCCAUCUAUGACCAUCGACACCGCUUGCUCCUCCAGCCUAGUUGCACUUCAUCAGGCAGUCCAAGCAUUACGACUGCAAGAGACGCAAUUAGCCAUCGUCGGUGGAUCAAACUUACUUCUCGGACCCGAGUGGUACAUUACCGAAAGCAACCUGAACAUGCUUUCGCCUACGGGUAAAAGUCGUAUGUGGGAUGCAGACGCGGAUGGCUACGCCAGGGGAGAUGGCGUAGCUGCUGUGGUGCUGAAACGUUUGAGCGACGCAAUAGCAGACGGAGACUACAUUGAAUGCGUCAUACGAGAAACAGGUGUUUCCCAAGACGGACGGACGAAUGGCAUCACAACCCCUAGUGCAGAGUCGCAAGCAUCCCUUAUCCGUCGUGUUUACGCAAAGUCUGGCCUUGACCCCAUCAGAGAUGGUUGUCAGUACUUUGAGGCUCAUGGCACCGGCACUCCGGCCGGUGACCCCAUCGAAGCGAAGGCCAUCUCUUCCGUGUUUGGCGGUGGGACUGAACAGGAGAAAAGACACGUUAAUCCGCUUUACGUCGGGUCGGUCAAGACGGUAAUUGGCCACACAGAAGGAACCGCUGGCCUGGCCGGUGUUAUCAAGGCCACUGUCGCUUUACAGAGAAAAACGAUAUUUCCAAACAAACAUUUCAACAAGUUGAACCCUCAGAUUGAACAAUUCUAUCGCAACCUGAUGGUGCCCACCACUGCUCUCCCGUGGCCCACACUCCCCGAUGGCCAGCCUCGACGAGCUAGCGUCAACAGUUUCGGGUUCGGUGGUACAAAUUCACACGCCAUAAUUGAAAGCUUCGAGAACGAACAUUUGACGUUCAAUGAGCGUGGAAAAGAACCGCCAGUCUUCACGCCUUUCAUCCUCUCGGCCACGAGUGAGUCUUCGCUUUACGGCGGUCUUGAAGAUUACCGCCGCUGGCUGGACGGACAUUUGGAUGUUAGCCUCCAUGACAUGCUGGUCUCCAUGUACCACAAAUCCUCAUUCGCCUACAGAACAAGCGUAUCAGCAUCAUCCCCUGCUGAACUUUCAUCUAAGUUAUCCGAAAAGUGUAGGGAUCGACAAGCAGUAGCACCAGCACAGAAACCCCCAAAAGUCCUAGGCAUCUUUACCGGCCAAGGCGCCCAGUUUCCUGGCAUGAUGUCUGAGAUUCUCCAACACUCGUUAUGGGCACGAAAAAGGGCUCAUGAACUUGAAGAGGCUCUGAUGAGCUUAAUUCCUCCCAGCGCUUCUGAUACGAUGAAAGCAGCCCUGUCACAACCGCUCUGUACGUUAACACAGAUUAUCUUGGUGGAUAUACUUCUAGAGGCCGGAGUUUGCUUCGGCGCUGUCGUAGGCCACUCCUCUGGAGAGAUCGCCGCUGCUUAUGCUGCUGGAUAUAUAACAGCUGAGUGUGCCUUAGCUGCGGCAUAUUACAGGGGUUUGCACACCAACUUGGCUGGCAUCACUACUGGCCAACAGGGUGCCAUGUUAGCAGUUUCCAUGUCUUAUGCGGACGCUUCUUUGUUCUGUGCGCAGUCAAGAUUCAAAGAUCGGCUCUGUGUUGCAGCAAGUAAUUCUCCAAACAGCGUCACUCUAUCUGGGGACCAAGAUGCCAUCAUCGAAGCCGAACAGGAUUUAAGAGCUCGAUCACUGAAUCCCAAGCGGCUGUCGGUCGACAAAGCAUACCACUCGCAUCAUAUGUAUCCUUGUUCAACUGCGUACCUUAACUCACUACGAAGUCUUCCUGGUUUUACUCCUGACCCGAAGACGGUAACUCCAUGGUUCUCUAGUGUCAAUGUUCAAGAAGCUAGCAACCUUCAGCUCUCGAUGGACUACUGGAACGAUAACUUAGUACAUCCUGUGCUAUUUUCACCCGCUUUAGAGAAGGCUUGCCACAAUGCUGGUCCUUUUAACCUUGUGUUAGAGGUCGGCCCACACCCUGCUCUUCGAGCUCCUGUAUUACAGACAUUGCUGAGCGUCUGGCCAGACAUUGAUGUACCCUACGCUUCUCUGCUUAGAAGAGGAGAGGAGAGCAUACACACAAUGCGCAAUGGUCUUGGUCAGCUUUGGGAGGCUGGUUUGGACCUUAACUUGGCUAAGGUGAACCAACUUAUGUCCGGAGUCGCAGGCAAGGCCCUCCAAAGAUUACCAACGUAUCAUUGGGGGUAUGAGAUGGAACACUGGCACGAGUCGCGCUACGCCAAAACAUUUCGCACGCGUCAACAUCCAACCCAUCCUUUACUUGGCAAUCCCCUUCCAGACAGCAAUGAUUUGGACAUGAGAUGGAGGAAUAUACUCCUUGAGUCAGAAAUGCCUUGGCUUGCAGGUCACAAGGUUCAAGGCCAAACUAUUUUUCCAGCAGCUGGAAUCCUGUGUAUGGCAAUAGAAGCGGCUCGCAAAAUGCAUCCGCAGGUCCAGGUCGUACAGAAAAUCGAGAUAACGGACUUGAAGAUUUUGCAGGCACUCUUAAUUCCACAAGACAGUCGUGGAGUGGAAACAAUAUGUACAAUGACAGAAGUGCGUCGCAACAGCAGCACUCAGACUGCCGCAACGUUCUCAUUGUACUCCACCUCUGGCGACAAUCUUUCGCUGGUAGCCAGAUGUGCUGUCGCGCUGCAGGUUGACUCAUCACCGAUUGACUUUCAUCCACUUGUUGAUCGCAAACACUUGCUGAUGAACUCAAUUGAUAGCCAACGCCUCUAUGAUGCUUGGGGUAAUCUAGGCUAUGGAUAUACUGGGUGCUUUCGUGCCAUUAAGAAUGCGGAAAGAAAGCUCAGCGCUGCACGUGGUUCCAUCUCUCCUACGACGGAUGGAAAGAUGCUGUUGCAUCCUGCCACGCUAGAUGCCGCAAUCCAGACAAUUUUGUUAGCCUAUUGCCAUCCGGAAGAUGGCCGCCUUUCAACUAUUCAUGUCCCGAAAGUAAUUAAGAAACUUCGCAUGAACGCUACGCUAGCUUUGCCUCUCAGCAAAGUCUCUCAGGACCUUCAGUUUGACACAUUGAUUCCUGACCGUGAGGAAGCAGGAUUAUGUGGUGAUGUUGAUCUUUACACACAAAAGGGAGAAAGACUUUUGCAGAUUGAAGGCCUUCAAUGUACACCCUUGUCUCCAGCGACAGCGGAAAAUGAUGUAAAACUCUUCUACAGCACCGCUUGGGCUCCAGCUUCUCCAAACGCACCAGCUGUCUGCUGGGAUGGGCGGGCAACAGAAGCUGACUUCAAGCUAUCUGAAGACCUUGAACGCUUAUCGUUUUACUACAUGACGCAGCUUGAGAAAGCAGUCCCAAAAAGUCACCCGCAACGUCAACAUGGCACUUGGAAUCUGUACUUCAGGUUUUUAGCCCAUGUUCGUAAACUCGUCGAAUCUGGUGUCCAUCCAUACGUUAAGAGCGAGUGGCUACAGGACACAUUUGAAGUUGCUGCUGAAAUAAAGACGCGGUACCCAGAGAGUCUAGACAGGAAGGUAAUUGAGGCUGUGGGAGAGAACGUUGCCCAAGUCGUACUAAGUGGCGGAGCGGGUACUGGAAGCGCAACGAAGACGAUAUUUGAGGAAAUCGGCUCCACCUUUGGGACCUACACAUUCACAGAUAUUUCUAUUGGAUUCUUCGAGAAGGCACGUGAUGUCUUCUCAGACUACGUUGAGAAGAUGAACUUUAUGAAACUCGAUGCAGAAUGCGACGUAGUUGCUCAAGGUUUCGAGGCCCAUUCUUACGAUCUGGUUGUCGCCUCGCUAGUGCUUCAUGCCACAUCCAACCUUGAGAACACACUUUCAAACGCUCGGAGGCUCCUUAAGCCGGGAGGUUAUCUCAUAAUGUUAGAAAUCACGGACAACGAUCCUAUACGACUAGGAUUUGUCUUUGGAACACUUCCACAGUGGUGGAUUGGUGACGCCGAAGGUCGAUCGCUUUCGCCAUGUGUCGGCCCAAUGGAGUGGGAUUCACUGCUUCAGCGCUGUGGUUUUUCGAAGAUAGAUUCCAUCACACCGGAUCUCGACCGCCUCCCGUUCCCUCUCUCAGUUAUAUCUGCACAGGCUACAGACGAUAGAAUGCAGUUGUUACGCAACCCUCUUACAAAUAUGUCCGUUUUUCCCCAGUUAGUCAUUGUGGGAGGCGCAACCGCAGCGACUGCUCAACUUGUCAUAAAGGUUUACGAAGGUCUUGAGACACAUUAUAGGGCUGUCCGCUGCAUCCAGACAUUUGAUGACUUCAGCAAAGAACAACAUUCGGGGUCCACGAUUUUGUCUCUUGCAGAUCUUGACGGGCCUGUCAUAGAGAACAUCACUGACAAAAGACUCGGCGCCCUCAAGGAUAUCUUAGCAUGUUGUAACAUGGCUGUCUGGAUUACACAGAACGCGAAAGACGCAUGCCCGGGCGCCAACAUGACUAUCGGCUUCUUCCGCACCGCCCUUUGGGAAUCGCCAGAGUCGCGCCUCAGAUCAAUUGACUUUGUAGAUGGCAGUAUGCCAGACGCACUUGUCAUAUCUGAGAACUUGCUUGAAUAUGAGGCAGCCAUUCAAUUGAGCCGAGAAAGCUCUGCAAGUCAGCCACUGUGGUCUCUUGAGCGUGAGCUUAUUUACAAAGAGGGACAUCUGUUGAUUCCACGCUUGGUGGCGAAUCGCGCCCUAGAUGACAGGUACAAUGCCAGUCGAAGGCCCAUCGCUCGCAAGAAUGGUGUUGAUUCUGUCCGCCUUUCUCCACAUGGUUGGUUGGAACAGGAUGCACUUUACGCUUUCGACAAAGGCGUUUCCUCACACUCCAAAUUCGUCAAUCUUAAAGUCGAAUACUCCACCGCAUUUCCAGUGCCUGUCAGAAGACGCGGCGCGGGACUCUUCCAGGCGUACAUUGUCUUUGGAAAGUUGGUUGGCAGUGAAAACUUGGUUCUGGCUCUGGCACGUAGUUGCUCCUCAACUGUUAGAGUAUCUCAAUGUUCGGUCUUACGUGUUGCUGAAGACUGCAUCCCGUCGCUCCUGCUAACUCAAAUGGCUUCUAUUUUACAAGCGACAUAUUUGCUUGAUUUUGUUGAUGAUAAUCAACGCCUUCUCUUACACAAUCCCAGUAAAGAGUUGAUCUCGGCCGUCACUUCUCUCGCCAAAAGCCGGAGCAUUCGUACUAUUACAACUUCGACAUCUCUGGAAGAAGGGGCCAUUUAUCUACCUCAAUCAUUGCCGAAAAGGAUCUUGAGGGCCAAGCUUGGGAAGGCGAUUGAUUAUUUCGUGGACCUGUCUAUGCCUGGUCGCUUCGAUGAUUCAGUCAGUGCCACUAUUCGCGAGUGCCUGUCACCGUCUACCUGCAUUAUCGACUCAAGACCAAUCCUUGGCGUCGGAGGCCAGUCAAGAGGAGUAACCCCAGACAACAAAAAUGAUGACUUUAAUCCAUCAUACGAUGUCGUUUCAUUAUCCCGACAGCUAGAAGAUGCCUACCAACUUGCGCACUGCAUUCCAACCUCGCCAUUAGACGUCAUUUCGCUGAGAUCUUUCGGCGAAGACAGGAUUAACCUAGAUAGGAAGAUUAUUCAAUGGGGCGGCAUUCACAAUGCCAUGGCACGCGUUGUACCAACAUAUUCCCAGGUAUAUAUCAAACCAGACCGCACAUACUGGUUGCUGGGUCUCACCGGUAGCUUGGGCCUGUCGCUCAGCGAAUGGCUUAUCGGCAAAGGGGCGAGGAACUUGGUCCUGAGCAGCCGCAAUCCCGAUGUUGACUCGAACUGGAUUAUGGCAAUGAACGACGAGAAAGAUGCCACUGUCACAGUAAUUCCGUGUGAUGCGACGAAGAAGACUAGUCUUGCUGCAGCAUACAAGCAGAUCAAAGAGUCACUUCCUCCAAUUGCCGGGAUUGCUCAAGGUGCCAUGGUUCUAGAUGACGCGUCUAUACGAGACAUGGAUGCGGAUAAGAUGGCUAAAGUUGCCAGACCCAAGGUCAAUGGCAGUCUCAACUUGAACAAGAUUCUCAUCGAGAAUGAUGAGCAAUUGGAUUUUUUGGUUCUUUUCUCUUCCAUUGCUGCCGUUUUCGGUAGUCAUGGACAGUCUAACUAUACUGCAGCCAAUUCUUUUGUCAGAAGUCUCGCUCUGCAGAGGAGGCAACUGGGCAAUCCCGCAUCUGUACUCAACCUCGGCCGUGUUGUCGGGGUUGGCUAUGCAUCUGAUAAACUCAGCCAGGCCCAGCGGGAGAAAUUGCAAAAGAACGGAUUCAGGGGCAUAUCUGAGGACGACUUCCAUCAUGCGUUUGCGGAGGCAAUUUUGGCAAGUCCUUGUCAUUCAAACAUGGACCACGAGAUCACUAUUGGCGCCGAGCGAUUCCCUGCUCACAGCCCAACCAAACCCCUUUGGGCGGACGACCCUAGACUAUCUCAUUUGAUCAUCCACGGCCCCAUCGAGACUUUUUCAGGGAAGGGAAACAACAACAAUUCGCAACAAACCCCCCGUGAAAAGUUAAUGUCAGCUACAUCCGUCACGGAGGCCAAGGACGCAAUUAAAAGUUCAUUUCUUGAGAAGCUCCAGAGCAUCUUGAGCCUUUCAGCUACCCAGAUGGAAAAGGAAUCGGCACUUCUUAGUUCGAGCACUAGUCAGCUUGGUUUUGAUUCUUUAAUAGCUGUCGAAGUGAGGAGCUGGUUUCUCAAGGCCCUCGAUAUUAGUAUCUCAACACUUGAGAUCAUGGGCGGCAUUACUAUCAUGGGCAUCAUUGACCUCGCCUUGUCCAAAGUCAACAAAAAGAUUGUACCACGUCUGGAAAUGGCUUCCUUAGGCGCCGAGGAUCAGAAAACUCCUGAGAGCUCGACAUUCACUUCAAGUUCCAUCUCAUCACCGGCCUCGGACUCCUCAAAACAAACGAGUGACUUUGAUCCAGACGACGACGUAGAUGCACGGAGAGCUCACAGUAUUUCACCUACCUACAGCGAUGACAACGAUUUUGAACAGGAUUUGGAUCGUUAUCCUCUUUCAUUUGGGCAAGAGAUGUUCUGGUUCGUUCAUACUCUCAUGUCAGACCCUACGACGCUCAACAACACAGUAGCGUAUCAGUUGACUGGGUCCUUGAACGUGAACAAGCUUUCAAUAGCCGUUCAAACCGUUGCUGAGCGACAUGGAGGACUCCGCACAGCAAUUCAGGAAUCUAAUGGCGGCUUGGUCACGCAAGUGAUGAUGAAAACCCCUCUAAUGCAUCUUGAGGAAGUCUUUGCGUCUGUUGAUGAGGUGCCUGCUAUCAUCGAGGACCUAGCCGGAUAUACAUACCAGCUUCACAGAGGAGAGACUAUCCGCAUCGUUCUCGUAUCUAGCUCCCCGACUGAGCAUCAUCUCUUGCUAGGAUUCCAUCACAUCAACAUGGAUGGAAUCAGUCUCCAAGUCAUUCUGGCGGAAUUGGAAGCUAUUUACAGGGGUGAAGCCUUGUCUGAGCAUCCUUUGCAAUAUCUGGACUUUGCCCGAAGGCAGCGUCUGAGGGCUGACACUGGAGAAUGGUCUGACACCCUUCACUUCUGGGAGACGGAGCUUUCUGAUCUCUCCGGGGAGCUCCCGAUCAUGCAACUUCCUAACGCUGCAAAUGGACGUCGUCCCUUGACAGAAUACCGCACUAUUGAGAUCGACAGUCGGGUAGAACCUUCAGUCUUUGCCAUGGUUCGUGAAAAGUGUCGGCAGCUCGGUGUGACACAUUUUUGUUUCUACCUAACCGUUUUUCGCAUCAUGCUUGCUCGUAUGGCCAAGGUAGACGAUUUCUGCAUCGGUAUUGCAGACGGUAAUAGGUUGGACGAUGAUUCCCUUGACUCCAUUGGCAUGUACCUCAACCUGUUGCCACUAAGAUUCAAAUCAACACAUCAGCACAAAUUCGGAGAUGUUGCAAGUGAUACACGGAAGAAAACACAAGAGGCCAUGGCCCACUCAGGCAUUCCUUUCGGGUUACUGCUGAGUAAACUCGGGGUCGCACGCUCGGCAGAAUACAGCCCCGUGUUCCAGGCUUUCGUCGACUAUCGACAAGGUGCACAGGAGACGCAGCGUUUUGGCGAUUGCGUUCUCGAUGUUUGCUAUUAUCAAGGCGCACGAGCUGCUUACGAUGUGAGCCUAGAUAUCAUCGACUCUAAGAAUUCGCAAACGUUCAUCAGACUAGCUGUCCAAGAGAGCCUCUACAGUAAAGCAGAUUGCGGCUUGUUAAUGAAGAGCUACAUGCAUUUGGUUGAGUCCUUCGCGCAGCCUAACGCUGAGAACGUAGAAAUUGAUUCAGCGUCGUUGUUCAGCUUCGAUUCACUCAAAAACAUGAGUUUGGUAAAAGGAGAUAUCAAAACAACAAGAUGGCCUGCUACUUUGGCUCAACGUGUGGCUGAGAUUUCGAUUAAUCAUGCUGACAGUGUUGCGAUCAAUGGGGGUGAUGGUACGAUUCUAACCUAUAGAGAGAUGUCUGACAGAAUUGCCGCCAUCAAGAGCGGCAUUCUUGGGCUUGGAGUCUCACGCGGAUCUGUGGUUGGGGUCUUCCAGGAGCCAACUGCAGACUGGGUGUGCUCUUUACUUGCUAUAUGGCAAGCUGGAUGUGUUUAUCUCCCUUUGGACCUUGCCAGCCCUAUGACACGUCUCCAGAGUAACGUGUUACACUGCGGACCGAGUCUUGUUCUUGUGGAUAGCCUGUCCCUAGAGGCAGCUGAAUCUUUCAAGACGGCCGUUCUCGACGUGUCAUCCUGCAAAGAUGUCAAUACAAGCCCAAAAGCAGCCCCAAGCACACUUCAUACCAAGCCUGAAGAUCCGGCUGCAAUUUUAUACACAAGCGGGUCCACCGGCACUCCGAAGGGCAUUGUCCUAUCCCACCAGAACCUCGUUCACGAAGUCGAAUUCUCCUCAAUAAGCUACGACUUUGAAAAAGAGCGUGUUUUGUGUCAAAGUGCGUUGACAUUUGACAUGUCCUUAACACAAAUAUUUACGGCCAUCGCCUACGGAGGAUCGUUGCACAUGGUGCCGAGGGCCCAUCGUGGCGAUGCUGCGUUUAUUACCAGGCUUAUGGGCAGGCAUGGCAUUACCUUCACUGGUGCCACACCUUCAGAAUAUCUAUCGUGGACAAACUUUGCCGGCACUGACCUUGGUCGCUCUAGUUGGCGUCGGGCAGUGUGUGGUGGAGAGCAGGUCACAUCCAGCUUGCUUUCUGCCUUUGCAUCACUCGGAACACCGCGCCUGAAGGUGUAUAACGCCUACGGCCCAACUGAGACAACAUGCUCCGCGACAAGAUGGGAACUACCUUAUCAAGAUCUCGCUUCGAAACCCGCAGGAAGUCGCAUACCGGCAGGAUUUCCAGCUCCCAAUUGCUCAAUCUGCAUCGUUGACGAAAAUCUGCUACCCCUGCCAAUUGGCAUGCCUGGUGAGAUACUUGUUGGAGGUCCCAAAGUUGCGGUAGGAUACCUCGAAAACAGCUCACUUACUCAAGAAAAAUUCUUCCAACACAAGAAUAUCCCUAAAGAGUUUGAAGCUCAGGGGUGGACAUCCGCUCACCGCACUGGCGACGUCGGUCGAAUCCUUCCCGACGGGCAACUCAUUGUCGAAGGCAGAAUUGCCGGUGAUACACAGAUCAAAAUCAGAGGCAAUCGAGCUGACCUCGUCGAUAUCGAAGAUGCCAUUCUACGUGCAGGGGAAGGCAGGCUGGCUGAAACAGUGGUAUUCCACCACAAGGCUUUGGAGCAAAGGGAGGGCAGUUCAGUCUCCGAUAUGCUUGUCGCUCUGGCAGUUUUUGACGAAAACUUUCCUGAACACCUCCGACAAGACUUCCUUCAUAGUGUUCUGCAAAGAGCCUCUUUACCUCGACCUUUGAAGCCUGGAAUAAUUCGGCCUGUUGCAUCAAUUCCGAAAAGUGUCUCAGGAAAGAUAGACCGGGUAGCAGCAGAGAAAGGUUUCGGGACUCACUUCCAGCUUCAAGCUUCGACUUCUGAACAAAACGAUGCGUGGUCAGAGAUUGAGUUGCGACUGCGGCAUGUCUGGUUGCAGGUGCUACCAUCUAGUUCGGACGCUUUGGUUCUGAGAUCCUCCGACUUUUUCCAUGUUGGGGGUAACUCGCUUCUUCUUGUCGUAUUGCAAAAGAAGCUUGGCGAAAUACUUGGAGUCCAUCUCCCACUGGUGGCUUUGUUCGACUCGAGUACUCUAGACAAGAUGGCCCUGUUGGUCGAUCAGAAAUUUGUUGAACAGGGGCAAAUUGAUUGGGAAAUGGAGACUGAUCCUGAAAACAUCCUUUCAGGAAACCUUCUGCAACGAACCGACAAAACUCCCCAGCAAAACAAAUCCACUAUGUCUGUUGUCUUAACGGGAGCAACAGGACUUUUGGGGAAAGCACUACUCCACGUCUUAAACAGGGACGAAAGGGUUUCGACCAUCUACUGCGUUGCCGUUCGCAAGAAAGAUACUCUUGAACCGUUCAUGGCCUCUGGAAAGGUUCAGGUGUACGAGGGAGAUCUUACUGCCCCUCGACUCGGCCUUUCCGACAGUGCAGUUCAGAGAGUGUUUUCAGAUGCAGAUGCAAUCAUCCACAAUGGAGCAGAUGUCUCGCACAUGAAGUCAUAUCGGAGCAUCAAGAGUGCCAAUUUUGGCUCAACUGUGGAACUAGUUCGUCAGGCUCUUAGCUUUAGACGCCAAAUACCUUUCCACUUCGUCUCAACGGCCGGCGUUUCGUUAUACACUGGCCUGGAAACAUUCCACGAGAUCUCAGCCGCGCCUUUCCCGCCACCUACAGACAACUCAGAUGGCUACACUGCUUCUAAAUGGGCUAGCGAGAGAUUUCUCGAAAGAGUUAGCGAACGUACCGGCCUCCCCGUAUGGGUGCACCGACCCUCAAACAUUCACCGCGUCGAAGACCCUCAGUUUGACCUCUUUCAAAAUCUUCUCAAGUACUCACGCCUUCUGCAGGCUGUACCCGUUUUUCCUAGUUUGCAGGGGCAAUUGAAUCUUGUUGAGGCUGGAGACAUAGCCCAAAAACUUGUUCAUGAAGUUAUGGAAGGUCCGGCCCAAGGAAUCGUUUACAGGCAUCAGAUCGGCAGACGGAACUUAUCCAUGGAAGAGAUGGGAGAAUUCAUUCGUAGUGAUCCAGCAUCAAAGGUCCAGAGCCUGGACGUAGAAACCUGGACAGCUGCAGCUGAGCAGGUGGGGCUGCAGAAGACCGUGAGUGAGUGGUUCAAGAAGGUUGCUUUUGGUGCGGCGGUUAAGUAUCCGUUACUUGUACCAGACAGAAAAGGCUCGUAG